CAAUAAUUCAAAGUUCUAGAGUUUUCUAGAGUUUCAUUAAUUUCUGCGUUUUUAUCUUUCACUCUUUUCACUGACGGGAGUUUCCUAGGAAGGGAAGCGAUAUUUAUUUUCGAGCCUAGCUUAUCUACAUGUAGAUUGUAAUCCGGUUCUGGACUAACAAUAAGCAACAUGUUCAACUAUCACGGUGCAUGCUGCGCGACCAAGAAAAUACCUCAUGUAUGCGCACGCAUCAGAUUUCAACCAGUAUCUAAUAGAAUUACUCUCCUUUCUCGGGGGAAUUGAUUUCUGUCUCAGUGUGACAUACGAUGUCCCUUGACAGACAUCAUCAACAGAAACGCUGCUAUAGAACGUUCGCUUCUGAAACUGAUAGUAGCAUGGAUUUCGUAAACCUGACCUUCCGCUCCCUCGACUUGGCAGACGUAAAUCCAUCGAGGGAGGACUUCUUGCAGGUCGAGCGUGAUAGUGUCGCGGAGAGAAACGAUACCAUCAGAGAGCAAAGGUGCAGGCUGAAGGAAAAGUCGCGCGACGAGCUUCGGACAAUCAAUUUGGCCGAGGUUGCCUACCACGACACGCCCGGCGACUGCUGGCUCGUGAUCUACGAUUACGUGUACGAUUGCACGGAGUUUCUGAAGAGUCACCCGGGCGGUGAGGACGUUCUCCUGGAAUACGCUGGACGAGACGCGACUUUGGCGUUCGUUGGCACAGGGCAUUCCGCCGUCGCCAGGGCAACUUUAGAGAGGUACAAAAUCGGCGAACUCCCGCCGGAGGAGAGAAUCUUCCGCACUCCGAACGGUCUGAAGGUCUCGGAAUUUUAAUCUGUUUUGAUCGUCGAAGAUUGUCAUCGUCAUUGCGACAUACUCGGGUAAAUACCGGAUUUUACAACAAAAAUAGAAAUCGGCGUAUCAAACACUUUUUCGAAAAAUAAAUUUGCUGAAUUUAUACAGAAAGUUCUAUGUAAGUUCUAUGUAAGUUAGCCACAUCUGUGGAAUAGCUCGUUGCUUCUGAUGGCAUAUUCUUUUUUCCAAGUCACCUUUCUAUUUGACUUUAUUUGACUAUUUAAUUUUAAUUGAUAACACUAACAUUAUGAUUUUUAACUGCAUAGUGACUAAUGCAAUUAUUCUUACAUAAUAAUUUUUGCGCCUUUCUACAACGAUGUCUCUUUUACAUAUUUUACCGUAUUAUUAUUAAUAGCAAGAUAUAGUUACUUUUAAAUGAUAAAAUUUAGAUGAAACUACAAAACAUCUUAAGUGUUACAUUUAAAAUUUUAAACAGUAAAAAGAAAACAGCUAUAUAUCGAUGUGAUUUAUUCGUUUGUAAUAAUAAUCAUAGCGAUAGUGAUUUUUUAUCAGUAUUUAUGCUUGAUAUGAUGAUUGCAAUAAUUUAAAGUGUAAAUUGCGUUACAUAUUAAUUUAACAAUGUUAAGUCAAUAAUAUUUUAUGAUUUGAUUAAAUUUAUUCUGUUUCUUAAUUUUUGUUUGUUAAAUCUGCAACAGCUUGCGAUCAGAUUGCGCAGUUUCAAAAUUUCCUUCCUCUUCUUGUUUCGCGUGAGUCAGCGUACUUCCCGGAGUACAAGAACAGUAAAACCGUUGGGAUCUCAUGUGAAAAAAAUGUGUUGCUAAUGACGAACGACGUGUUAUCGCUCGAUUACUGCGGUUACAAAGCAUUUUGUGCAACUUCGUCACUUGGUUGUUGAACUUCGAAAUGUAGCAGUCAAGAGGUUAAACACGCCGCGAUAAAAAGUUGAUAUUUAUUCGGUCAAACGGGCCAUGCCUCCUAUGUAAUUAGUUGUAUUUUUGUAAUUCAUCUUCGUGAGUAAUUACUUGCAAUAAGAUCUCUUGCAACCCCAAGUCAUCGGGCGCAGAUUAUAAUGCGACAGCGUUUAUUUCGUGAUGUUUGACGUCAGUGAUUUUAUUCUGGGCAAAAUAUAAUUUUCGGUAUCUAGACGAACGUCAUAUUUUUCUGGGAAAGUUACUUCAUUCAUUAUCACCGGAGAAAAUAAACACUCGAAAUUGUCUCGUAAUUGGUAUUUCGAAGUGGCUGCAUUUCAAAAUGCUUCCUGUAUGUACCUUGAGUCUAUAAGAUAAACGAGAGCCGGGAAAAUAAUAAUCAGUGCUCAGGGAGUACUUUUUACAUCGGAUACAUUUUGUAUUUCUUGCUCCUCUAACAUUCAUAAUAUACAUAACAUAUACACUGUAUGAGGUAAUAGCGAUGUAGCUCGGUUCGUUAUACAUUGUCGAUGGACCGAUAUAAUAAACUCUCUCUGUUUCCGUUAGUCGGAAGGCAA